AUCCCAUAUUCGCAUGCAGUAAAAUCCAAUUUCGCUCUCUUCUCAAAUCAGAAACCCUAAUCUCCGAUUUUCAGAUUCUUUUUGUUGAAUUUGAUCGAAAUGGCUCGUACUAAGCAAACUGCUCGUAAAUCUACCGGUGGUAAGGCACCUAGGAAGACACUUGCUGUUAAGGCUGCGAGAAAAUCAGCUCCAACCACUGGAGGAGUCAAGAAGCCUCACCGUUACCGUCCUGGAACUGUCGCUCUUCGUGAAAUCCGCAAGUACCAAAAGAGCACUGAGCUUCUGAUCCGUAAACUCCCAUUCCAGCGUCUUGUUCGUGAAAUUGCUCAAGAUUAUAAGAGUGAACUAAGGUUCCAGAGCCACGCAAUAUUGGCACUCCAGGAGGCAGCAGAAGCAUACCUUGUGGCCCUCUUUGAGGACGUCAACUUGUGCGCUAUUCAUGCCAAGAGGGUUACCAUUAUGCCUAGGGACGUUCAGUUGGCUCGUCGCAUCCGCGGCGAGCGUGCUUAAAGAGAUGUGAAGAUACAAUGGAGGUUUGUGAUAGAGGUCACUAGCUAGGUUUGGAAUUGAUACAAUGGAGUACAUAUGAUAAUUUUGGAUAUUAGUUUUGGAUACUCUCUACAAAUUACUGUGUUGUUUUGGAAUUUGGGUAUACUUUUCUCGUAGGUGGAUGUUAAUUUUGGAUAUUUUGUUAGGUUUGCUGGGUUUGUUUUGAACUCAUAAACAAUCUAUGAUUUAGUUUGUUGGUACUUGUUUAAUUCAAUACGUUUAUUCUCAUGUUUGCAAGAAAUAUGCUGUUUGGGAAUAGAAAAUAAUGCUUUAUUUA